AUGUGGUUCUACUCGAAGCUGGCCCCGACUCGAGCCUCGACCCAUUGGUAUACAGUACGUUUGCUGCUUCACUUAUCUCGAUCUGAAUUUGCGCCCUUUCUGACCUCACCAUUAGCGCCGUCUGAUUUCUCCCAACUCUUUGAGUACCUCUGGGACUAUCAUUCAGCUCCAGACCCCAACCUAGGCGGUCGCAACCCAGAGUUGUGGCAGGGUCGGGCACUCGGAGGUGGAAGUGCUGUUAAUGGCAUGGGAUACUGCCGUGGAGCACCGUCCGUCUUCAAUGAAUGGGCUCUGUUGUCGGGAAAUAUAGGCUUAUCAUGGGAGUCCAUGUUCCACGCAUUCAAGGCUACCACGCAUUUCCAAGAAGAUGUCCACCCGGCUGACCAGGUUCCUAUCAACCAGUCCUCGCCGUUCGUUGACAAGCUUUCAUCGGCUCUAGAUUUGACCGAGAUCGACUUUGUUUCGGGCUACGGGAUCGGUGUCACGGAACAGGUAGACUCGAUCCGUGCCGAUAACCGUACCCGUAGUGAUGCCUGGAACACAUUCGGAUGGAUGGCAGCCAAUCGCCCCAACUUCGAGGUGCGCCACAAUGCCUGGGCCUCCAAGAUCGGAUUCACUGGCAAAAAAGCCGAUAGCGUUACGUAUAACGACACUCUGAUGGAUUCCUUCCAUACCAUCAGAGCACAAGAGAUUGUCGUGGCUGCGGGUGCCAUCGGGAGUCCACAUCUCCUCAUGCUAUCAGGGGUCGGCCCGGCUGACCAGCUCAAAGCUGUUGGGAUCAAAGUUGUGCAGGACUCGCCACAGGUCGGACAGAACCUCCUAGACCACCAUUAUGCCCAACUAGUCUACGAGACUAUACCAGAAAUGGGGACGACAUGGCAACUGCAGCAUAAUGACACUGCAGCACAGGAGGCCGAGGCGGAAUACACAGCAAACGGUGACGGCCUUAUGGGUGUGCCUGCUGGGAACGUCUUUGCCGCAUUCCGCGUACCAGAUUCGGUGUUCGAUGGUCUGGGUAGUUAUCAUGUUAGCCUACCGGAAGACAGACCGCACAUACUCCAUGCGUACUCGACGUCGCCUUUUAGGACUGAGUUCUCCAACUAUAGUACCAUCACACCGUUCACCGCUUUAGUGCAGCCUGAGGGCGCAGGGAACAUCACAAUAGCCUCAGCUGACUACCGCGUCAUGCCGGUCAUUAACUCAGCCUACUGGGCUACUCCCGCCGAUCGUGCUGCGAUAAUAUACGCCUACAAAGAGUACCGAUCCCUCUUUACUAGUCCUGAGCUGAGCCCCUAUGCACCUGUUGAGCUGUUUCCUGGUGCCCAUGUCACUAGUGACGACGACAUCUGGGACGCCAUCCAGCGAGGUUCGGGAAGCUUCCACCACCCGAUGGGGACGGUGGCUAUCGGUUCUGUACUCGAUUCUAACUGGCGUGUGCAUGGUGUCUCCGGCCUACGCGUUGUAGGGACACCUGCCGCGCCUAAUCUCGCUACUUGCCAUCCCCAAGGUACCGCAUACGCCUUGGGAUACCGCGCCGCUAUGGACAUUGCAGCGGCCGACGGUGUUCAUAUUAUCUCCCAGGGAAGUAGGUGA